GGAGCGCGGAGGAGGUGGAAAGAAGGGGGGCGCUGUCACGGAGACUCCGGCCGCCGGAGACCCCGCCGCAGCGAGGCCACUGGGCUCCCCGGUCGCGGAGCGUGAGCGGCGCCGACCCGGGGCGCCAAGGGGACACACCGGGCGGAGGAGGGGGCCUAUCUACCCUUCCGCAUUUUCCUGGGUCUCUCUCCCGGGCGGUGACGUGACGUGCUGACGGCGGGCCCGUGCCGGGGAGCUGGGCCGCUUUUUGUCAGCUCCGAGCUCGGCCCCUCCUCCCUCCCUCCGCCCGCCCCACCAGCCGGAGCCCGGCCCAGUGCUCCAGAGAAAGGCCGGCCUGCAGCACCCGCCACCGUCGCCGACCGCCCGCACGUCCGUCCGGAGCUGUGACUGAUGAGAAUUAAAGGCCAUGGAUGAAGAUGGACUUCAAUUACAACCACAAGAGCCACACUCAUUUUUUGAUGCAACAGGAGCUGAUGCUACACACAUGGACGGUGAUCAAAUUGUUGUGGAAGUACAAGAAACUGUUUUUGUUUCAGAUGUUGUGGAUUCAGACAUAACUGUGCAUAACUUUGUUCCUGAUGACCCAGACUCAGUUGUAAUCCAGGAUGUUAUUGAGGAUGUUGUUAUAGAAGAUGUUCAGUGCCCCGAUAUCAUGGAAGAAGCAGAUGUAUCUGAAACGGUCAUCAUUCCUGAGCAAGUUCUGGACUCAGAUGUAACUGAAGAAGUUUCUUUAGCACAUUGCACAGUCCCAGAUGAUGUUUUAGCUUCUGACAUUACUUCAGCCUCAAUGUCUAUGCCAGAACACGUCUUGACGAGUGAAUCCAUACAUGUAUCUGAUGUUGGACAUGUUGAACACGUGGUUCAUGACAGUGUAGUAGAAGCAGAAAUCGUCACCGACCCUCUGACAACGGACGUCGUUUCAGAAGAAGUAUUGGUAGCAGAUUGUGCCUCUGAAGCAGUCAUAGAUGCCAAUGGGAUCCCCGUGGACCAGCAAGAUGAUGACAAAAGCAACUGUGAGGACUACCUUAUGAUUUCCUUGGAUGAUGCUGGCAAAAUAGAACACGAUGGUUCCUCUGGAAUGACCAUGGACGCAGAGUCGGAAAUCGAUCCUUGUAAGGUGGAUGGCACUUGCCCUGAAGUCAUCAAGGUGUACAUUUUUAAAGCUGACCCUGGAGAGGAUGACUUAGGUGGCACCGUAGACAUUGUGGAGAGUGAGCCUGAGAAUGACCAUGGAGUUGAAUUACUUGAUCAGAAUAGCAGUAUUCGUGUGCCAAGGGAAAAGAUGGUUUAUAUGACUGUCAACGACUCUCAGCAAGAAGAUGAAGAUUUAAAUGUCGCGGAAAUUGCCGAUGAAGUUUAUAUGGAGGUGAUUGUAGGGGAGGAGGAUGCGGCAGCAGCGGCAGCUGCCGCCGCGGCACACGAUCAGCAGAUCGACGACAGUGAAAUCAAAACCUUCAUGCCAAUCGCAUGGGCAGCAGCUUACGGUAAUAAUUCUGAUGGAAUUGAAACCCGGAAUGGCACUGCAAGUGCCCUCUUGCACAUAGAUGAGUCUGCUGGGCUUGGCAGACUGGCUAAACAAAAACCAAAGAAAAGGAGAAGACCUGAUUCCAGGCAGUACCAAACAGCAAUAAUUAUUGGCCCUGAUGGACAUCCCUUGACUGUCUAUCCUUGCAUGAUUUGUGGGAAAAAAUUUAAGUCGAGAGGUUUUUUGAAAAGGCACAUGAAAAACCAUCCUGAACACCUUACCAAGAAGAAGUACCGCUGUACAGACUGUGAUUACACUACCAACAAGAAGAUAAGUUUACACAACCACCUGGAGAGCCACAAGCUGACCAGCAAGGCAGAGAAGGCCAUCGAAUGCGACGAGUGUGGGAAGCAUUUCUCUCAUGCUGGGGCUUUGUUUACUCACAAAAUGGUGCAUAAAGAAAAAGGAGCCAACAAAAUGCACAAGUGUAAAUUCUGUGAAUACGAGACAGCUGAACAAGGGUUAUUGAAUCGCCACCUUUUGGCGGUCCACAGCAAGAACUUUCCUCACAUUUGUGUGGAGUGUGGGAAAGGUUUUCGUCACCCGUCGGAGCUCAAAAAGCACAUGCGAAUCCAUACCGGGGAGAAGCCGUACCAGUGCCAGUACUGCGAAUAUAGGUCUGCAGACUCUUCUAACUUGAAAACGCAUGUAAAAACUAAGCAUAGUAAAGAGAUGCCAUUCAAGUGUGACAUCUGUCUUCUGACUUUCUCAGAUACCAAAGAGGUGCAGCAACAUGCUCUUAUCCACCAAGAAAGCAAAACACACCAGUGUUUGCACUGCGACCACAAGAGCUCGAACUCAAGCGAUUUGAAACGACACAUAAUUUCGGUUCAUACGAAGGACUACCCCCAUAAGUGUGACAUGUGUGAGAAAGGCUUUCACAGGCCUUCCGAACUCAAGAAACACGUGGCUGCCCACAAGGGUAAAAAAAUGCACCAGUGUCGACACUGUGACUUUAAGAUUGCGGAUCCAUUUGUUCUGAGUCGCCAUAUCCUCUCCGUUCACACAAAAGAUCUUCCAUUUAGGUGUAAGAGAUGUAGAAAGGGAUUUAGGCAACAGAAUGAGCUUAAAAAGCAUAUGAAGACCCACAGUGGCAGGAAGGUGUAUCAGUGUGAGUACUGUGAGUAUAGCACUACCGAUGCGUCCGGCUUUAAACGGCACGUCAUCUCCAUUCAUACGAAAGACUACCCUCACCGGUGCGAGUACUGCAAGAAAGGCUUCCGGAGACCUUCCGAAAAGAACCAGCACAUAAUGCGACACCAUAAAGAAGUGGGCCUGCCCUGACGAUACCGCUACAGACAUUUGUGGAGAUGUUGGCCUUGAAGCGGAAAUUUCAUUUUAAAGCCAAUCCGUCUCGUUCACAUAACAAUACUGUAUAUUGAUUUAUGCUGUGUACAAAUAGAAUUAUUGCUUCUAGUUGAGUUGGGUUUUUUUUACAUUUUGUUUAAUAGUGUGUUCUGAAUUCUAUUCAGUUUGUUUAAUAAAUGGGGGAAAGCAGCAACAAGUAAGUUGCUUUUAAUAAAGUAAUCCCUGAUUCUAUACUGAAUUUUUCUAUCUUAGAAGUUUUAUAUUUAUUUAAAUAUUUACCUUGCUUACCUUGAUGGUACUCUUCUAAGACCAUUUAACUUAAAGUUAAGGUAACUUUAGAUUGAUAACUCUGAAAAGAUUCAUGUUGACUCAUUUUUUUUUUUUGUUCCCAUAAAUUUCUCACAAUAAAAUUGUCAGAGACAUCUACUAACAUAAAUGGGAGAUUUUACAGUCAGGUCUAAUUAUCCUAACGUGGAAGUCAUUUACUUGUCUUGCUUACUAUUUUCAGACCACAUGACAAUGAAAGUUUCCAUUUGAGCUUUUGCGUCCCUGGCAUCGCUGAGGAAAGAACAGUGGCUGGGUUCGUGUUUACUUUUCAUUUUGUUUAGCAGACAAACUAUACUUCUUUGGGGGCUUUCUUUGGCGUAUUUACAUCUUUUGUCAGCAUAGCAAACUUUUAGAGAACUUCCUUGACAAAUUUUGCUUGAUGCUGUUGUAUUUUGAUUAUUCCGUCUGUGCUGCUUUGUCUUGGAAUGGUUGUGUGCUACAAAUGAGAUUAUCGAGGACUGCAUUUUGGAAUCUCCUAGAGGUAAUUCGUGGCUCGUAGGACCUUUUGCGACUUUAUAUAUGUAAAUGUACCCUGAAUUAUAUAUAUGCACAUAUAUAGAGAACAUGUAUCUGUGUGUAUUGCUUAUUUUACAUAUUUAUACACACAACCCCAGUAGUAGUUAAGAUCUAUAAUGAAAAGUAUUAAAUUUACAAUAACAUGAAAGAUGCAGGGAUGCAUGAGAGAGCAUUUUGUAAAUCAUGCUCUUCAGAGAGACUACUCAGGUGAAGAAUUAGAAGGAAAAUAAGGACACUAGUAUUUUUAAAGAGUAAAGGUAUUUUCUUUUAAAUAUCUUUGGUAAUUGAAAAAAUAGACGUUAAGAUGUUUCUAGAUAGAAUGUUUUCAUACAACUUCAGCUCCAUGCCUUUAUAUUUUUCUGAAAAGCUAAUGAAUAUCCGGACAUAACUCCCUCAGUUCUCUCUGAGAAGCCCAUGAGGGAACUCUGUGUCACCCAGUGAGGGGGAUUAAGGAAACCACAGCUCCAUGUCCCAGAGAUUGGGUGCUAAUUAUGACUUACACUGGGCGGGUCCAGCCUGCUCUUUUAUUUCUUAGUUACAGUUACCAAACAUUAAAAAACUGAACGCUCAACUUGGCUUUGGUUAGAAGAUAAAGGUGUGUUUAAGUGCGUGAGGAAAAUCUGAGGCCUUAUUUGGAACAUCACCAAGUCUUUCACAGUUUUGUCUGUCUUUGAGAGCCGACAUGUUUUAAACAAACAGUUCUGAAUCAGAGUCAGAAAUGCAUAAAAUGAACUCGGUUAAUUAGAAUUUGGUUAAGAGGGAUCUUGGAAAAUGGAAAACAGUUUUUGGGGUCCUUUAAAUUGGCUGUCAGCAUAUGAGUAUCUGGCACGUCGUAGGAGAUUGAGGAAUUUUCUUCCCACUGGAUAGCUGCCUUGCCACUUCAUUAUGGUGCUCCAUCCCCUUUGUGCUAUUAGGUUUUGGCCUUUCAUCUUUCUCUUUGCCAUUGAUAUUUGUAUUCAAGAAUUAUAUUUAUAGGGUUAGAAAUCUAAAUAUUUGGUGGUUGGCAAGCCUCUGAAAUGCUAGAUUGAUUUCGUCCAGUUGUAAAUCAAGUGCUUUAGGCUGGUAUGAACUCCAACCUGAAUGCUAGUUAAAGCCAAGGCAUGGGCCUAUCCCAGUGGGAGCUCCUGUGCCCUCUUGGCUCUCAUACAUGCUUUUUUUUUUUAAAGUAACUUACAAUUGUGUGGUUCAUUGCCCCGCAGUACUAUCCUUGAAAGCUCUGUCUGUUUUUUUGUGAGAACCUUUAAAAAUCUCCAUUUUUUUCCCCAGAAAUCAUGUAAAAGAAGACACUUAAAUGAAAGUGGAAAUUUAUUAACCUUAAAACAUGCUGUAAAAUUAGUACAGAAAAUAUAAAUAAUUGGUCAUUUAACUAUAUUUUUUUAAAUAAACUGAAAGAUAAAGAACACAACACUCUACACACUUUAUAUUUCUCUUACAUAGUCUGGAAUCAUACACAGUUAUUUUCUUUUUAAAGCACAAUAUUGAAACCUUUAAAAGGUAUUUAAGGGUUUGGUCAAGUGAAUAUGAUAAAAUGUAUUUGUGUGUAUAAAGAGAAAAUGAAAUUGUAGUCACUGUUAUGUACUGACAUUAGUUACAACCUAGUUUUAAUUCUUAAAACAAUUUUGAUUAGCAAAGCUAAAAAAAAUGGAUGUUUCAGUUAAAUGUUUUAAAGAGGUACAGAUUUUUACAAGGACAUAAUAUAAGUUAUUGUUCUGUAGAAAUAUCCUAUUAAAUAUUGUAUGUCCCUCCCUCUGUACACUUUGUAAAAAAAAAGUAAAAUACAUAAAAAGAAAAUCAUAUAGGGAUGUGUGACAUUAUUGUAAUUGUGUACUUGAGAAUAACGUGCAAAAAUAAAAAUCAGAAUAUUUUCCUGUUAAUGGAUGUUUAGUCUAUUUGAUACCAGUACUAAGUUAAUGCUUUUUCUUAAGGAAAAAAAUGUACAGUUUUUGUAAACCUAAUAAACAUCAAAAGCAGUGGAUUA